GAGCCUGGCCUAAAAGCGACGGGAAAGCCUAUCAGCCAGUGAAGCCCACUACGGUCCGACCGAUGUCUCGCUGACGUCACCUCGUGUUCACCAGUUACCACCGGAGUCCGGAGUGAAGCGCAGGUCGGGUUCGCUUUUUUCCUCGGCUUCUUCUCUCUCGUCCAUCAACCCAGGGGGAAGGAGCGGGAGGGAGCGAGCCAUGGUAGUCAGCACGUUCAAUGGACCCGGGAUUGGGAUCGGGUUCGGUGUCGGCUGCGGGUUCGGCGUCGGGUGGGGGUUCGGAGGAAUGCCUCUUAACAUGUUCGGCUUGGGUAUCGGUGGGGGUUGUGGAUUUGGUCUUGGACUAGGAUGGGGCUUUGGAAAUGCUUUUGGUUGUCAGUAUCGAUCUUCAAGAGUUCAGUUCCAAGGCAUUGAAUUUCAGAAGAAGGCGGAAGGAGAUGAUGCACCAAAAGUUGUUUCACCGGAGCUUGCUCAAAAGUCUCGUCCUUAUGGCUAGUAUGCCUGCUACCAUAAAAAUUCAGAGACUGUUUUGUGUGAUGAAUCACAGUUUAAUUACAUACCUACGUGUUCCUUGUUAGUAAUGUUAUGCUACACUUAUUUUCGUUUCUGUUGUAACCAGGAUGAAGUUAAUCGAUGGGAUUUUCAAUUAGGAA